AUGGAAAAAAAGAAAUAUAGUGGAUUUUCUACAUCUUCUUCCUCUUCAAUAAAAGAGAAUUUAAAUUUUAAUAAAUCAUACUUAGACAUAAGUACCUAUAAUAAAUCUCCUUAUACUAAACAAAAUUCAAUUAAUAAUACAAAUGAAGUAUUUGAAUUCUUUACUCGUAUAACAAAUAAUCAAAAAGACUUAAACAAAAAAUAUGAACAAUUAUUUUCACUAAUCAAAAAGUUCGGUAAAGAAAUUAAAUAUUUACUAAGCAAAAAUGACGAACAUAAUAAAAUAUUAGUUGAUACAAAUGAACAUAUAAAAAAGGUCAAGACAAAAUUAGGUGAUUCUUCCUACAAACAAUAUGCAAAUAAUGAAAUAGACACUUCAGAAGACAAACAUAAUAUUGAUCUUAUAGCAAAAAUAAUAUUCCAGCUGCUUGAAGAACUCACAUAUUAUAAUAAAAAUACUAAGGAAUGCAAUAAAAAAAUUGAGGAAUUAAGAAAAAAUUUAGGAAAUAAAGAUGAUUAUAACAAACUUGAAAGAAAGUUAACACUUAAAAGUGAUGAACUUAAAAAAGAAAUGAUAAGUAAUAUGAGUUCAAUAAAAGAAAAAGAAGAUUUAAAAAUGAAAAUUAAAGAAGAUAGAAAUAUGUUUAGAAAAGAUAUGCAUAUGAUACACCAAGAAUUACUUUAUUUUAUUUUGAAAUUUUUAUUAAAAAAUAAGAAGAAAAAAAUUCAAAAAGAUUGUUUUCUCUUUUGGUUAAUUAUGGUAAAAAAUAAAAAAGAAGCAAGGAAUAAAAUUAUUAAAUCCUUUUGUAAAAAGCAAGAAGAAUUAUUAAAUUUUUCUAUAAAAAAAUUAAAAAGCAAUUCAUAUGAAAAAGAUGUAAUAUCUAAAGUUAUGUCCUUAAUAGAUAAAUAUAUAUAUGAUCCAAACAAAAUUAAUAAUAAUUCUCAUCAAAAUAGUGUGAAUAUAAGAAAUGAUAAAAAUUUUGGUCUCCCACCACAGUAUGUUAGUCGUAGCAAUAAUAAUAAUAAUAUGGAAAAGAAAAAUUUGUCUCUCCUUAAUUACAAUUAUCCUCUUGACAAUGAUUAUAACUACAAUAUGAAUGAAAACAAAAAUGCAAAUGAAAAUGAAAAUGAAAAUAACUAUGUGAAUAAUGAUAAUAAUAUAAACAAUGAUAAUAGCCUAAGUAAUUAUAAUGACAUGAGUACAAAUAAUAUUCUAGAUAAUAAAAAUGAUAUUAAUAAUGAUAAUAGUAUAAAUAAAAAUAAUUAUUAUAUGAGCAAUAAUAAUUAUACAGACUAUAACAACAACAUUAAUAAUAACAUUAAAAGUGGGAACCAUAAAACUAGUUAUAUUAAUGAUAGUAAUAAUAAUAAUUAUGACAGGUUAAAUUAUCGUAGUAAUGAAUAUAGUCAUUAUUCGAAGACCAAGAGAAGUGAAUCACACCAAAAUUAUGAAAAUGUUGGUAGCAAGAAAAACAGUAACAAUAAUAAUAAUAAUAAUAAUACAUAUGAUAGUAACAUAUAUAGUAAUAAUAAUAAUAAUAAUAAUAAUAUUAGUAAUAAUUCCAAUGAACCCAUGACAAAAAACAAUCUUCUAAAUAUUUUCGACUCCUCAAUAAAUAACUUGUCCAAAAAAAGAGACACAAGAAAAUUUUCUGAUGAUACAAACAUUGACCAUAAGUAUAAUACACAACAUUCUUCUUAUAUUCCUGAUCAGGUUGAAAGAAAUUACGAUAUUGAAAAUAUGUAUAAUAAAUUUGUACAAGAAAUGAAAGAAAAAGCAGAUAAAAAAAAUGUUGAUUUAUUACAUCAAACAAUAAAAAAGUUAAAUAAUAAAAUUAACGACAUUAGAAGUACACUAGAAAUGCAAAAGAAAAUAAAUAAAGAAUUAGGAAAAGGUAUUCCAUCUGAAAAAUUAUCACUAAAUUAUAAUAAAAACCGCACACCUAAUAGACAGGUGGAAACGGAAUAUAUUAAUUCAGUUGAAGAAAAUAAUGAUUCUAUAAACACUUUAUCAGAAAGAACAUUAAGCGAAUAUCUAUUAAAUAAAAAUACCUCAAAAAAUACAAGCUCAAAUAAUUAUUAUUCCGAUAAAAAACAAAAUGAUAAAAAAAAACAAGAAGAUUCAAAUAAAAAUAAUGAAUAUUAUAAUAGGAAGAAAAAAUCAGAUAUCUUAUUACAACCAAAAAAAACAUAUGAUUAUUUAGAUAAUAAAUGGGAUACAAAUAAUAAUAAAUAUUAUAAAAAUAAUUCGAUGGAUGCUUAUCAUACACAUAAUAGUACUCUCUACAACAAAAGAGAUUAUAAAAAAUACGAUGAAAGGAAAAAUGAACAAGACAACAAGAAAUAUAAUAACAAUGAUAAAAAAAUAAAUAAUAUAAAUGAUUAUAAUCAAAAAUAUGAAAAAAAAAAAUAUGACAGUGUAUAUGAAAAAAAAUAUGAUAGCGCAUAUGAAAAGAAAUAUGAUAGAUCAUAUGAUAAAAAAUAUGAUAGCUCAUAUGAAAAAAAAUAUGAUAGUUCAUAUGAAAAAAAAUAUGAUAGUGCAUAUGAAAAAAAAUUUGAUAGCACAUACGAAAAAAAAUAUGAUAGCGCAUAUGAAAAAAAAUAUGAUAGCGCAUAUGAAAAAAAAUAUGAUGGCGCAUACGAAAAAAAAUAUGAUGGCGCAUAUGAAAAAAAAUAUGAUGGCGCAUAUGAAAAAAAAUAUGAUGGCGCAUAUGAAAAAAAAUAUGAUGGCGCAUAUGAAAAAAAAUAUGAUGGCACAUACGAAAAGAAAAAUGAUCAUAGAUAUGCCAAAAAAUAUGAAAAUAAUAAUAUGAAUACCUAUGAUAGUAAUCAAAAUUAUCAGAAAGACUAUAAUAAUUGUAAUAAUAAAAAAUAUAGAAAACAUUUCAACGAUAGCAAUCUUGAUGAUUCUCCAUCUGAUAUUAAACUUAUAUUAAGAACAGGAGGAGGAUUCCGGAAAUUAAGUGAACAUGAUCAAAAGCAUUAUUUACAAAAAUUAAAUUAUUUAAAUGAUAAUAAUUUAUUAGGUUACGAAACAAAUUUAAAUAUUAAAAUUAAAGGACAUCCAUUCAUACAAAAUAUACCUAAUAAUAAUCAACAAACAUCCAAAAAGGAAAAAAGACACAGAUCACUUUCGAAAUUUUAUAAUAUGCAUUAA